AAGGUAAAUUAAGCAAGAAGCAAUUGUUUAUUGAAUCUCGAAGUCGUUUUUUAGCCUUUUUUGGGCGGCUUUCACUGGGCGGCGUUGGCUGUUGACGAAGCGCAUAGAUUAAAGAAUGAUGAAUCGUUGCUGUAUAUCUCGCUAUCUUCUUUCAACUGUGAUCACCGGUUGCUGAUUACUGGAACACCUCUACAAAAUUCGUUGAAGGAGCUUUGGGCUUUGCUUCACUUUAUUAUGCCCGAAAAGUUCAAUAGCUGGCCAGAGUUCGAGUGUGGUCACAGUGACAGAGACCACAAGGGAAUUGCUGCUCUUCAUAGAAAGCUAGAACCAUUCCUGUUGAGGCGAGUAAAAAAAGAUGUGGAGAAAAGUCUGCCACCGAAGUUGGAGCAGAUCUUGCGAGUUGACAUGACCGCUCAACAAAAGCAGUACUAUAAAUGGAUACUGACCAAGAACUAUCGCGAAUUAUCCAAAGGAGUGAAAGGAUCAAUCAAUGGCUUUGUCAAUCUUGUUAUGGAAUUGAAGAAAUGCUGUAAUCAUACUUCUUUGGUGAGACAAUAUGACCACUUCGAGAAUGAUCCACAGUCACGGCUACAGCAACUUCUAAAAUCAUCUGGCAAGUUGAUUCUGUUGGACAAACUGCUGUGUCGUUUGAAGGAUACUGGUCAUCGAGUUUUGAUCUUUUCCCAAAUGGUUAUGAUGCUGGAC